CCAAGGGAGUUCCCUAUUUUCCAUCUACUGGGACUUGCUGAAAUAUGACAGAGAAAGCCUUUUCGGGACCCAGGCUGAUCUAUGGGGAGGAAAUAAAGAGGCCACGCCAGGCUGGAGCUCUCUCGGCUCAGCUCCGCCCCUCGGUCGAGUUUGUUUCGGUCUAUAAGAGCAGCUGCUGUGUGGAGGCGUUGGUGGCGGCGAAGAAGAUGGAGGGUUAUGUGCUGUUUCUGGUGCUGCUGGGGUCGGCGCUGUUGCUCGGCUUCCUCUCGGUCAUCUUCGCCCUGGUCUGGGUUCUCCACUACCGCGAAGGGCUCGCUUGGAAUGGGGAUUCGGCUGAGUUCAACUGGCACCCGGUCCUCAUUAUCACGGGCUUCGUGUUCGUCCAAGGGAUCGCAAUUAUUGUGUACAGAUUACCGUGGACCUGGAAAUGCAGCAAACUCCUGAUGAAAUUAAUCCAUGCUGGGUUACAUACCAUUGCUCUGACACUUGCAAUUAUUUCUCUGGUUGCUGUUUUUGAUUUCCAUAAUGCUAAGAAGAUUCCUAACAUGUACAGUCUGCACAGCUGGAUUGGGUUGACUGCUGUCAUUCUUUAUGCUCUACAGCUUGUUCUAGGUUUUGUGGUCUUCCUGUUUCCCUUUGCUCCUGUUUCUCUUCGGGCAACUGUGAUGCCGAUACACGUUUAUUCUGGCCUCCUCAUCUUUGGAACAGUGAUUGCAACAGUACUUAUGGGGAUUACAGAAAAACUUAUUUUUGCUUUAAGGAAUUUGCCUACCCCAUAUAGCGAUUCCCCAGAAGAAGCUGUUUUUGUAAAUUCUCUUGGCGUUCUGAUUUUGGUCUUUGGUGCUGUUGUUUUGUGGAUGGCAACAAGGCCCCACUGGAAGCGCCCACCUGAACAGAAUUCAAAAAUUCAGCAGCGAAAUGGAGGAACGCUUGAUGGCAACGAAAAAGGAUCAAUUAUGACCGACUGCAGUAAUACAGAUAAGUCAGAUGUGGAGUUCAGCAGUGAGGCAGCAGCUAGGAAGCGAAACCCCAAACUUGAUGACGCUGGACAGAGGUCAACCAUGUGAAGAUAUUGGAUGUUAUAACAGUGCAUCUUUCAAUAGCAAAAGGGCUAUCUUUCUCCCUCUUUAGUCAAGCAACACAAUUUAUAUUGCUUGCCUAGUGCUGUUGGGAUUUUCUGAAUCAUUGAUAACUAGACAGUAAGAACUUUGAUUCUAGAAGAACUCAUGCUUCCUACUCAACUAUUUUUAAUGUAACUAUUGAUCUAAAGAAACAUGGGAUCGGAAUGAAGUAGGCCAGUUCUCGCUGGCACAGGACCAGCUGUCUUAAGUCGCUGGUAAGUUUCUUUGAGGAGCAGGUUGCCAGUGUGGUGCUCUGGGCCUUCCCUUUUUUAAAAAGUUUGCUCUGAAAAAAUCAUCAGAACAAGCUCAUCACUAUAAUAAUAAUACUUACGGUAUUUGUAACUAAAGGGUCUUUACAAAUGCAGAGUAUAAACAAAUCAGUAGGGUGAAAAAGACCAGAUAUUGGAAGUAAGGAAAGUUAUUGGGGGUGGGACAGACAUUGCAUUCAGUUUUGCCAAAAUGAUUAAAAUCUUGCUCUCAUUGUUGCUCAGAUCAGCUCUUGUAGUCACAGAACUGCUGUUGGAUAUUCCCUUAGUCUAGGUGGAAAUAUAUUUUCUUAAGGGGUUGGUGGAUUGCUUUGUGAAAUUGCGCUCUUCAAAACCCUUGCUUGGGAAUAUUAACCUCUUGAAGGCACUAAUUGUUCAAGAAUUGUAUGAAGAAUGAUGCCAUGCUUUGCACUCUGAUCACUAUAGGAAAACAUAAGUGAAAGCUUUUUGUCUUUAAAGCCUGUACUGUGUAACUUUACAAAAAGUGAAGCCCUCGCCCUGAUCACAUUUUACAAUGGAUAUUUGCUAAUAUAUCCCAUUGUGUGGAAUUCUGCUUUGGGAGAACUUUAGUAGAUAACCCUUUAGAAAUGAAAUGGGAAGGGAAGCCUUUAUUCUGAAUGGAUUGGAGAAUGUUAUAUAAUUUUGUAAAAUGUAAGGAAAAUGUCUUAACUCUAGGUAACGGCAAGCAGUAUAUUCAGCAAAUCUUUUUUUAAGAUCUCAGACUAGCUUCAGUUUUGAAAGUACUGUGUUGAUAUUUUUCCAAAAUGAUUGGCUCUUCUAAAAGGACUUCUGUGGGAAAUGGCAUAUAUCUAGUAAUCUAGGGAAGCUUGUUGUACACAUAUGUUGUAAAAUCACCAAUAUUUGAUACUUUGAGGUAAAUGUGAUUUUUUUACAGGAAAGAUCAAAGCUGCGAGCAGAGCCAAACCUGCUAUUUUGUGUAUGUGUGUCUCUUCUUUAUCAAAACUCACUGGUAUUGUCUGACCCACCUUAAGGCUAGGUUCUAAAAUGGAAAGAUUGGUUUUUUCAUUGUAAAAAAAAAAGUUUGUAUUUUCACACUCCCCUGCUCUAGUGAAUUCUAAUGAAAGUGAGCACUUAGAUUCUGGAUAAAUGGAGAUCAUCAGAAGGUAAGCCAGGCCUGCUAGAGGGGAAAGAGUGAACAGCCCCUGGGAGCCCCUUCUCGAGCCCUGGGCAGGUCAUUUGCUGGCAAUAACAGCCAACAGGAGCAGAAUCUUGGUAUAGAGCAAGGGUGAGCAAUCCUUUUGCCCCCGAGGGCCACAUGCAACAGUGGUUGGGUGCCACAUUCCAGUGGGUGUGGCCAUAUUCUUUCUCUCUCACGCUCAAAUUUACACUCUUAUUUCCUUUGCCUUCCCCCUGUUCCUAUACCACAUAUUUGAGCCCAGAACAUUCUUCAUUAUUCACUGCCGUAUCAUCAGCUCCUGGAAAGUAAUCCUCCUCCACAGAUCAAUGUAUUAAUGUUUGGUGUCGGAUCUAAUGUCAUCUCAUGCCUGUGCAGGGAGCUGUGAAAUAACUGGGCAAGCUCUGGUCCUGACAGUGUCGAAAAGUGCUGAAAACUUUUAUGCUAGCCCUUCUUUAUUUUGAAACUUUAAAAUUACUGUAGUUUUUUAUACCAAUGGCUACCUUACGUAUAAAAUUGGUAGCUGAAUGUACAACAGCUGCAUGCACACUUCUCAUUAAAUAUAUCCAAUGAGAUGGAUAUAGUAUUGUAAAUAAGAAAAAGCAAUGUAUAUGGUAAUUAUAACCUGGCUCUUUAUAGAAGGAAACGUAAAUAUUUUGUACUAUCUUAAUUACCAAAGAUGGUCUUUGUAUUUUUAAAAAUCCAUUUGAAUAUUUGUUAUUGCAGAGCAAUAUGUUAAAUUCCUUUUUUAUAUUGCAAUAAAAGUUAUUGAAGUCUG